AGCAAUAUUCAGCGAAACUAUAAAAUAUAAUUAAAGCGAUUUUAGUGUAAAACAAAAAAGUAAUUAACUUAAAAGCAAUUGUUGCAAGUAUUGAAAAGCGAUGUUCUAGAAAUAUCUGACAUCUAGCACAUAAAUCAGCUUUCAAACCCCUGGUGACCUCGAACAGUUAAAGCGACGACACAAUGCCCUUCGUUGCGCCGAAGAGCACGCCCACCAGCACCACUGGUCGCGCCACCUUUCGCCCACCAUGGGUAAAGGAGGAUACGACCGCCAAUGCCAAGCCCGCAGUGCCAUGGGCGAAGAAGACAGCUGCCAGCACAGCCGAGAAAGAUAAGCCGAAAGAUAAGGAGAAUGGCGAAAAACCUGCGUCCACUGCUGUGACAAAGAAGACAGCGGCACCAGCAAAGAAAACUACAGAGGAAACAGCGGCUGCCAAGAAAGUUGCCGAACCAGCUAAGAAGGCGGCAGUGGAGCCAGCGAAAAAAGGUGUCGCUCCAGCUAAGAAAGUGAUUGAGCCCGCUAAAAGAGCACCAGAGCCUGCCAAGAAGGUAGUUGCACCGGUGAACGAAGAAGAAGAAGAAGCGGAUGUGAAAGGUGAGGAUCUUGAGGGGCUGUCUGACCUUGAAUUUUCCGAAAACGAGUUUACACAACCCUCGCUGCGUUUGGGCGUAAAGCUCAAGAAAACCCCACAAGUUAAGAAAAAGGCGGAUGACAGUGAGUUAUCGAGACGUUUUUCAAUAGAAAAACCAAAGCUACGACCAGUAAUGGUCAAACGCGAUAAGUCGAUGAAAAAGGUAGAAGCUGAAAGCGGCGACGAAGACGACGAAAACGAAGAAGAACGCGAACGGCAACUACGAUUUAAGUUAGAGAAACCGAAAUUACGGCAUGUGAAACGCGAAGAGAAGCCCUUGCCAAGCAAGAGUACCGAGGACAUUAUGAAAAUACGGCCGGUUUUGAAAAAGGUGCCCAAAGUCGAUGAGAUACUCAAAGAACCGAAAGAGGAGCCGAAGCCUGAAUUCAAAACGAAACAGUUGCGCAAAGCGCCGUCAAUCAAGCGUGAUCCCAGCAUCAAAAAUGUUCCCGCUCCUCCGCCGCUGCCUUCGCUGGUACCGAAAGCGCCACCACCACCGCCACCACCAUUGGGCGCUGCUGGUCAAAAGCGCGAGCUGAGUGAAACACAAAAGGCCGUCAUAGAAAAACUUAAGACACGACCGCGCAGGCGUCCCGAUUGGUCCGAGAUGAUGAAGGAGGUGGAGUCUGGCAAGAAAUUGCGUCAUGUGCAGUGCAACGACAGAUCUCAGCCCAUUCUCACUUGCAAAUCCAUGACGAAAGUGGACGAUAAGUUCAUCUACGAAACGGAAAAGGACAACUCACACAACAAACUACUGAAACAAAUUCAAGGUGGCAUCAAACUCAAACCCACACAAACAAAUGAUCGCAGUAAACCAUUUAUUGGGGGUUUGAGAAAAUUCCGCAAACAGAUGACAAUAGAGGAGCAGAUACAGAAGUCUCAAUCGAAAAUCAACCUACUAGCAGAGGCUGCUACUGCUGCUGUUGGAGCCGCGGUCGGAUCUGGCGCCGCUAGUGACCCGGCCAUUAUCACCAACAGCAUUGUAGCUGCACUCUCAAUUGACGAUCCCAGCGGCGACGAACUCGACGACAUUGACAAGAUACGCGACGAUUUGCAGAGCACAAAGCAGAUGUUGGCCCUCGAAUUGCGUAAUCGCGAAGCGCAGGAACGGGAGAAUAAGAAAUUACUGGCGCAAAUUGCAACUCUAGAAGCGGAGCUGGAGCGCGAGAAGUCUCGCGAAAAGAAUCUGGAGUAUGGCUCACGUAUCAUUGUGGCAACUAUGGAACCGACAACCGCCAGUGAAGAGGCAUACUUGAAUUCACUCAAACAGGAAGCCGAAGAUGCCCGCAAGACAGCCAAAGACCUAGAGAAGAAAUAUCUUGACACAGGCGAAUUACUUGAUCAAGCAAAGAGCGAGAUUGAAGAGCAAAAGCGAACGAUACAGAUGAUGGAGCGUAAACUGGCGCAGGCAUUGCAGGGUAAUGUGACGCCCCUGCCCUGUCCUAUAUGUAGUAGAAGGCAACAAACAAAGUAUUUUUACUCAUACGAAGACCCACUUGACGAGGAAUCGUAUUAUGGCUUUGAAAACUAUGCUAAUUGCUACACUAACACAAAGGGAGGCGGCUCUUUGAAUGGUUCAAGACGACCCAGCGAUGUGCAUGGUGGACGUGAUAGCUCACCAGAUUUAGAACUGGAUAUGAGUGAAAGUGAUCCUGACGAACCGGAGGAGAAAAAAGCGGAGCGCCGCGAACGACGUCUAGGGAAGGAAGUGAAGGUGCUCCGAAGCAAGUUGACAAAGAUAAAAGUUAAGCGCGAAGCCGCGAAAAAAGAAAAGUUGGCACUGAAACAAGCUAUGAAGAAGAACCAUGUUAUACUUAAAGAGGAAAACAAAAAGUUCAAGAAGCUGGAGAAGGAAGUUCAGAAGAUGGCGGCCUCUAUGAAGGACGAGGAAGAAGAUGAGGACGAUGAUGAGGAAAAGGAAGAGGAACCCGAGGAGGAUAACGAUGCAGAAGAGACCGAGGAAGAGGAAGAAGAUUCUGAGGAGUCGGAAUCAGAAGAAAGCGAAGCAGAAACUGAAAGCGAAUCCGAAACAGAGGAUGCCAGCAACGCUGACAAAAAGAGUAAUCUGGAACCACGUGUGAAGAAACACGAGAGUCGUUUCUUAGCAAUGAAGAAAUGCAAUGUAUUGCUUCAAGCUAAUGUAGAUAAUUUGCAAGACGAGAUUACACAAAUACGUGCCAAAGCAGCAAAUUUGCAAGCGGAAUUAGAUGCGGUAUUGGCUGAUCUAGGUUUCUAAGCCUUUUUAAACGAAUUUUUGUUAAAACGCGACAUUUUGGAUACAUUUAAACGCCUCAUCUGAAAGCGGUCGUAAAUUGCUUAUUGUUUUGCGGUAUUUAUAGCUACUUUUUAUGUGAAUAACUAGGAUUUUUUUCUAAUAAAUCAGAACUUACCUUAUCUAGUAAAAUGAAAACUUA